CCGGUUGUGGGCGUGGCUGGCUGGAUUGCCUACGCUGGCAGCUCGGUGAGCCGGUACUUACUACUCACACACCCAGCGGAGCGAGGUGGUCGUGUUUUCGGGAGUGAUCGCCGUUUGUUCUUUCAGCUGAUCCCGCAGCGCUCUCAGUCCAACCAUGGUGGCCAAACAGAGAAUCCGGAUGGCGAACGAGAAGCACAGCAAGAACAUCACGCAGAGAGGCAACGUGGCCAAGACGUCGAGAAGUGCGACCGAUGAAAAGUCGUCUGUAGGACCCUGGUUGUUGGCGCUCUUUAUCUUCGUUGUCUGUGGAUCUGCUAUUUUCCAGAUUAUUCAGAGUAUCCGGAUGGGCAUGUAGACUCAGCCACCCUUCCAGAUGUUCCUUUUUCUCCUGUGAAGCAUAACAUGAACUCUGUUUUGAUCUAUCGACCAAGACAACGGCGAAACCAACGGAUUUCACGUAACUGCCCGUUCCAGAAUGACUACUCGCUACAUCGUUUGAGUCGUUCCAGAUUAUUCCACCAAAGUCAUUCCAAAUUUUCUAAUCCAUACCACAGUGCCUUCAAAGAGCACCAUAUGCAUAAAAGCAAUAAAAAAAGCAGAUACUCUGCUGUUUGUGGAGCUACUUAAUUCAGUGAAAUGUCAAUUUAUGUGGAAUCAGUUUGUAUGCAAUGUAGAUACAUGUAGUGUAAUAGGUGUUGUGUUGACAGCUGUUUGUUAAAUAUUCUGCCUUUUUAAUGUAUAAAAUUGGUUAAUUUUUAAUUUAAAAAAAAAAAAUCAGAAGCUGGAUAACAAAUCUUUACAUAAUUGGAAUUUUCUUUUAUCUGCUGCAAGAUAUUGUGGUUAUGUAUUGUUGCUCCCACGUACACAUGCCAUUGUUGAAGACUUUGCAGAUGUUACAGGUUAGCCUAGUUGCUCCGUCUGGAGUAGCAGCAUUAGCGCUUAUAUUAGCGGAACAAAUAGCCAUGUAGAUAGGUGUAAAGGAGAAAAAAAGUCACAUGCGCCACCGGCCAGUGAGCAGCCUUAUGUGCUCUUUUCUGCAUUCUACUAGAGAGCACGCUCUCUCAGUGAUCGAUACAGAAUAGGUACCACGCACAGACUGCUUUGUGAUAUUCAGGGUUCCAACACCGGCCACUGGGUGCCAGCCAACGCAUCGUUUCUACUCCCAUCUGUGGCAGGUGCUGCUAAGUUUUAAUUCACUUGGGAAAGGCCACUGCUGCUUUCAAAUACUGCGGACGCAUAUGUUUGACUUGUACUACGACUAAUUUUUGCAUGCAAAAUAUUCCAUUCCCGAUUCAACUACUUACUUUCAGUUAGAUGACACUCUAACUUUUGCAUCCUUUUGUGAAGGCAGAGCGGCAUGGCUCGCGCAAGUAAGAGGAAAUAAUGUAAAGGUAUUGAAACAAACUGUGUGAUCUACGUCGUAAGUAGUGUACAUUUGGCACGUUUUUUAAAAAAUACAAAUAAAAUGUUACAAAAAGUG